CAGUUGCCUAGCGGAAGACCCAAACGACUCUUCUCUCCUCACACGCCUACCACCACUCACUCACCUCUCCUCUGAAAAGAAAAACAAAAAAGAAACCGUUCCUCUUCUCUUACCGUAUCCGCCGCCACACCCUUCAUCAACCCUAAACCCCAAUCCGCCACCAUCACCUCCAAUCUCACUCCGUACAACCCUCACACAACAUCAACGCUCGCCUUACCUCAUCACCGUCUCCUAUCUUCUGCCUUUUCCACCAACAGUAACCGCGUCAACCUCUCCGCCGUCAAACACCAACAAUCUCAACCAAUCCCUUCUUCAACCUCUUAACCUUUUUCCGCCUACAACUCAACGCCACUCCCUCACGAAACCUUCACUCUCUCUCCGCCACUCUUACCUCAUCACCCUUUCCUCUUCCGCCUCACCAACACAACCACUAAACCCCACCAUCACCGACCGCGAUCCAUGGAUUCUCAACCAGAUUAAUUGAAGAAGAAGCUCGUUUGCUCGAGAGCCAAACGAGGAUUCUAGCGGUGUUGUCGGAGGUUAUAUACGAGCUUCACACGACAAGGACUCCUCAGUUUCUUGGCCUUGAUAAAAGCGCAGAGAUGUUCCCGGAAUAAAGUUCAGCAAGCGAGGUUGUUGUCGGUGUUUUGGAUACCGGUGUUUGGCCUGAAAGCAAAAGCUUCGACGACACUGGAUUUGGACCUAUACCCGCAACACGGAAAGGCGCGUGUGACACAGGGAAUGCUACUAACGCUACGAACGGGAAUUUGUGUAUGACGGGAAUUUUAUCGCCGGAAUUAGCCGCACCAUCGAUAAAACAAUAAUCGGUAGUAUUUCGAUUUUGAUUGUGUUUCGGUUGGAUAUACUGUUGUAGUGUAAAUGUUAGAAGUAGUGUGUUGUUAGACUUUUUUUGAUUGCAUGUGGAGUUUUUUUCAUUCUAAGCUUACAGGCUAUGAUUAUUGUUGCUUGGAAUGGAAAUGGGGAUCUAAGUACAAUAUUUAAUGGUAAUGUUUUCAAGAAGGCACUUAGCGUGUUUAUAACAACAGCUAUAUUAAAGCUUGGACAAGCCAUUCUUGAUGUGAUCCUCAGUUGGAAAGCACAGCGGAGCAUGUUGAUGUAUGUUAAGUUAGGAUACAUUCUAAAGGUUGUUUCAUCUGCAGCAUGGGUGAUUGUUUUAUCGGUCACUUAUGCUUAUACUUGGGAAAAUCCUCCUAGCUUUGCUCAAACCAUCCAAAGUUGGUUUGGAAGCAAUAAACACUCACCUUCAAUGUUUAUUAUGGUUGUUAUUGUAUACUUGUCACCAAAUACGCUAGCUGCCAUAUUGUUUAUGUUCCCACUCAUUCGGAGUUUUCUUGAGAGAUCAAAUUAUAGGAUUGUCAUGCUAAUGAUGUGGUGGUCGCAGCCUCGUCUCUAUGUCGGUAGGGGGAUGCAUGAAAGCACUUUUCCCACGGUAGCUAGCCAUGGUGAAAUUCUGGAGCUUUCCAUCCAAUUAGCGAUGAGUUCCUUGGAAAUAGUUUAUUCACACUUUUACCAAUAUGUUGAUAGAAGGCUAAGUUAUCACUGUGAUCUGCUUACACUUGGAAUGGGCAGUGUUGAAAUGGAGUCUAGGAAGCCUGACGAAUGGGCUAGCCAGUUGCAAUGUUGGUCAAUUAGCUUUUAAUUGAAAUUUAGAAUAUUCUUAAUUAUAUAGUAGGUUAAUUAGGAAUAUUAGGUAAUUAGUUUAGAAUAUUAAUUAGGGAUUUAGGUUAAUUGGAUGAGUUUUAGGAUACAA